CUUUCUAAUAGUCAUUCAACUUUUUGUCACUUGUUAUCAACCCAGUUUUCUAAGACUCAUUUUAUGGAAGGAGUUCUCUUGUCCAGUGAAGGACCACAGUGUGUAUAAAUAAAUCUGCCAUAGGCAUUGAACACCAAACGGCAAGCCUCUCUAAGUCUUUUUCUACCUUUUUCAUGAAGUGGCCUCUCUGGCAAAUACCCAUGAGGUGUUGUAAUGGAGGGAAGGCUGUUUAUGCUCUGAGAGUUCUAUAACAGAGUCUAAGAAUCAAAACUACAGUAAGCAGACUAGCAGGAAAGGGGACGUACAAUAUAUUAUGUUCUGUGUUUUCACUGCAAAGAAGGGAGAACAUGCACCAACCAACGAGAUCCAGGACCCACUUGUAUGGGAGAGCACAAGAGAAUGAAGGAUUUCAGAGAGAGGUGAAAGGGUUCCCCCAGAAGGGCAGGGGACAACCUAUUAUAGACUCUGGAUGCACUGUCAACAUCCAUUCUCUCCUAUAAUGUGAACAUCACCUUCCCUGGUGAUGAGAUUGAGGGUCAUAUUCAUGACAUGCCUUUCCUUCUGGAGGAGUUGUCAAAAUUAGGUGUUUGGAGAUGAUGACUCCCAGCUGACUUGGUUAUGUACACAUAUUUAUAGUAAAGGCAUGUUGUUUAAUAAGGAUGGCAGAAAUGGAGUAGGAGCAUUCUAUACUAUGAGUUCUAUCAAUACUUCUGGGAUACUUGUUUGUGUGUGCUUAGAAAGCACUUAGGAAUUUCUCAUGCAGAAGAUGUUCCCAAGACAAAUAGGAUCUUUCCAGAUGGGAGCAGACAGGGUUCUCUGCUGAAGUAGCAUUCCACAUGUAGGUGCUAAUUUUAAAGUUCUCCUACAUGUCCACUUUUCCAAGAGUUGCCAGAGAGUUUCAGUUCAGUCCCAGUAGGCUCAGCUGUAUAUAACAUUUGUAUAUUUUUCUAGCCAUGUACUGCAAUAUCAACAUCAAAUGAGGCAGCCAAACCCAGUGCCUGUUUGGGAAGAGCUGUACCCAGUGGGCAUAGAAAUCAGCUGUGAUGGCUAGUUUCAGGUCAACUUGAAACAAGCUAGUGUUAUUGUGGAAAAGAGGACCUCAGCUGAGAAAGUACUUUCACGAGAUACGCCUGUGAUGCGUUUUCUUAAUUUAUGGUUGGUGUCGCCACUGGGCUGGUGGUUCUGGGUGGAACAAGCCAUAAGCAUCAUUCUUUCAUGGCUUCCACAUCAAUUCCUGCUUCCAGGUGCCUAUUGGAGCUCCUGCUUAGACUUCCUUCAACAGACUGUGACUCAGGAUAUGUAAGCCUCCUCUACAAGCUGCUUUUGGUCAUGGUGUUUUAUCACAGCAAUAGAAACCCAAGCUAAGACACCAGCAUAAGCACAAAGGAUAGGAAGGGUUUUCAGAAUCAGAGAUAGGCAAAUAUGUUAUAAUUGCUGCUCAUAUUCAGAAAUGGGAAAAUAAGAGAACCCCGCCCCCAGAUAUGAAAAGAAUAAAAACAAAAACAAGAAUGGAAGGAUGGGAAAAGAAAGUAUGCCCACAGGACCCAAAGUGCUCAAAGUAAAUUAGGUGAUAUUGUAUGUAGAAAUUAAAGCAAUAAUGUGUGAUAUAGACUGAGACCAAGAAACAUAUAGAUUGUCCAAAAACGUGCAAACGAUUAUUGGCCUCUAAAGACAUAGCCACAAUGAUAGAGGAAGCUUGGGCACUAAGAUAGAGAUAUAGCAGAGGCUUUGCUCAUUAAGUGAUUAUCUUUGUUUAAAAUGUAGAAAUAUGAUCAAAAGCAGUCUAAGUAGAAAUCAGGCUGUGGAAGUUUUAAUAAUAUCCAGGACAGUUUGUGUUUCUUUCCUACUUAAAAGUAUUUUUAAAAUGAAAAGGAAGGGGGAAAAAGGCAGGCUUUUGAAAUGAGCUCCUAACCUGUAUUUUCAAAAUAGGCUGUGAUCUGUCUAAUGUAUUAUGCAAGUGAAUCAAGAUAAAUAAUAUUUUCUCUUAAUAACAGAGAAAGGUGCAAAUUGCUUAAAUGUCUCAAAAUGAGAAUUAUUAAGCCAAUUGGUCUUCAGGUGAAGUAGCUCCCAAUUGGACAGCUUAAUUCAAAUAGACUUCCCGGGGGGAACAAUGAAUCUCACUGCUUAAUGGGUAUAAUAGAACUUUUUACACAGGACAGACGUUGUGGUUACAGCAAACAUGGACUUGAGAGCUAGCAAAGCUUAGCUUUAGGACAGGGACAAUGGCAGAACAAACAUCUCCGGGACAAAUCUCCUAUAUAUUCCUGUGAGGCCCAGAUGAACAUUUGAACCCUCUGUGUUUAAGUUCUGAAAGAACCCACUUCUAAUUUUACCAAGUUAUGCUUCUGACACAGAACUGUAAAAACUUGAAGAAGGUAAAGGUACCAAUGCUUGGCUGAAAACUGACUUUAUCAAUGGAAAAGUUAGAAGUUGGGGAUCAUGUCCUAUAGAUUUGCAAAGGACAAUGGAGACAAUCUCUGAGGUAUUGAAUGAAAUGAUGAGGAUAAAAAGAUUAUGGGAAAUACACUGUUAUGGGGAAAAGCAUCAUAUCUAGAAUGAGUGUUUAUGUUAUCCUCCUACUCUAGCUACUGGACCAAGCACAUGCACUCUGUUUUUCUCUCUAUUUCCACAGUCUAGACUGGAUAGUGCAAAAGCAAUCCAAAAAGAAAAGAAAAAAAACACUCACUGCAAUUCUAGCACAUUGUAAUUUGCAGAGGAACAGGCUUCAUGACAUCUCCAUGAGGAAACUGAAAGGGUAUCAUUCAGUGACCAGAGCAUGGCUGAGAGGCUCUAUUCUGCCUGCAACAGAUGCUGUUCUGAUCAAGUAUGUGUCGGCUGUUUCUCUCAGAGCGCACUGGCAAUUGGCCAGCAUUACAUCCAUCAUCCAGGGGACAGCAAUAAAUACAUGCAAUCAUGCCCAGCCAUUGUCAAGUGCUACAGAACACCUGCUGUCUCCCAGGCUGCAUCCUGUGCAUAAUAAAGGUGUUGUUUAAGUAAAACGUUUUGCAAAUUACAAGACCCAUGCUAUCUCUAAGAAUCACUGUUGAAACCUGGAGAUAAAGGAGGGAUUUUUGAAACUGUGGAAAAUGAGCCCGUUAAUGUUGAAGAAUUAGCUUUCAAGUUUGCAGUCACCAGUAUUAACCGAAACCGAACAUUGAUGCCUAACACCACAUUAACCUAUGACAUCCAGAGAAUUAAUCUUUUUGAUAGUUUUGAAGCCUCCCGGAGAGCUUGUGACCAGCUGGCUCUUGGUGUGGCCGCUCUCUUUGGCCCUUCCCACAGCUCUUCUGUCAGCGCUGUGCAGUCCAUUUGCAAUGCUCUGGAAGUUCCACACAUUCAGACUCGCUGGAAACACCCUUCGGUGGACAACAAAGACUUAUUUUACAUCAACCUCUACCCAGAUUAUGCAGCUAUCAGCAGGGCAGUCCUGGAUCUGGUCCUCUAUUACAACUGGAAGACAGUGACUGUGGUGUAUGAAGACAGCACAGGUCUAAUUCGCCUGCAAGAGCUCAUCAAAGCUCCUUCCAGAUACAACAUUAAAAUCAAAAUCCGCCAGCUGCCCUCUGGGAAUAAAGAUGCCAAACCUCUGCUCAAGGAGAUGAAGAAAGGCAAAGAGUUUUAUGUGAUAUUUGAUUGUUCCCAUGAAACGGCUGCUGAAAUCCUUAAGCAGAUUUUGUUCAUGGGCAUGAUGACUGAAUACUAUCACUAUUUCUUCACAACCCUGGACUUGUUUGCUUUAGAUCUGGAACUCUACAGGUACAGUGGUGUAAAUAUGACUGGCUUUCGGUUGCUGAAUAUUGACAACCCUCAUGUGUCAUCCAUCAUUGAGAAGUGGUCCAUGGAGAGGUUGCAGGCUCCACCCAGACCUGAGACUGGUCUUCUGGACGGCAUGAUGACAACUGAAGCAGCUCUGAUGUAUGACGCUGUGUACAUGGUAGCCAUUGCUUCCCACCGCGCCUCACAGCUGACGGUCAGCUCCCUACAGUGCCAUCGACACAAGCCAUGGCGCCUUGGACCCAGAUUUAUGAACCUGAUCAAAGAGGCUCGAUGGGAUGGCUUGACUGGGCGUAUCACCUUUAAUAAGACCGAUGGCUUGAGAAAGGAUUUUGACCUGGACAUUAUCAGUCUCAAGGAGGAAGGAACUGAAAAGGCUGCUGGUGAAGUGUCUAAGCACUUGUAUAAAGUGUGGAAGAAGAUUGGGAUUUGGAACUCCAACAGUGGGCUGAACAUGACAGACGGCAACAGAGACAGGUCCAACAAUAUCACAGAUUCGCUGGCCAACCGAACACUCAUUGUCACCACUAUUCUGGAAGAGCCCUAUGUGAUGUACAGGAAAUCCGAUAAGCCCCUAUAUGGCAACGACAGAUUUGAAGGAUAUUGCCUGGAUCUGCUGAAAGAAUUGUCAAAUAUCCUGGGUUUCCUUUAUGAUGUUAAACUAGUUCCUGAUGGCAAAUAUGGAGCUCAAAAUGACAAAGGAGAGUGGAAUGGAAUGGUUAAAGAACUCAUCGACCACAGAGCUGACCUUGCAGUGGCUCCUCUCACCAUCACCUACGUAAGGGAGAAGGUCAUAGACUUCUCCAAGCCCUUCAUGACCCUGGGCAUUAGCAUCCUUUACCGGAAGCCCAAUGGAACCAACCCAGGUGUUUUCUCUUUCCUCAACCCUCUGUCUCCAGACAUUUGGAUGUAUGUGCUGCUGGCCUGCUUGGGAGUCAGUUGUGUGCUCUUUGUGAUCGCAAGGUUUACACCCUACGAGUGGUAUAACCCUCACCCAUGCAACCCCGACUCAGAUGUGGUGGAAAACAAUUUCACUUUGCUAAAUAGUUUCUGGUUUGGAGUUGGAGCUCUCAUGCAGCAAGGAUCAGAGCUGAUGCCCAAAGCUCUAUCGACCAGAAUAGUUGGAGGAAUAUGGUGGUUUUUCACCCUAAUCAUCAUUUCAUCCUACACUGCCAACCUGGCUGCCUUCUUGACAGUAGAGAGGAUGGAAUCUCCCAUCGAUUCCGCAGAUGAUCUGGCCAAACAAACCAAGAUAGAAUACGGAGCAGUCAGAGAUGGAUCAACAAUGACCUUCUUCAAGAAAUCAAAGAUAUCCACCUAUGAGAAAAUGUGGGCUUUUAUGAGCAGUAGACAACAGAGUGCACUGGUUAAAAACAACGAUGAGGGGAUCCAAAGGGUGCUCACCACCGACUACGCCCUGCUGAUGGAGUCCACCAGCAUUGAGUAUGUGACACAGAGAAACUGCAACCUCACUCAAAUUGGGGGCCUCAUAGACUCCAAAGGUUAUGGAGUGGGAACACCUAUAGGCUCUCCUUACCGGGAUAAAAUCACAAUUGCCAUUCUUCAACUGCAAGAGGAAGGGAAGCUCCACAUGAUGAAGGAGAAGUGGUGGCGGGGCAAUGGCUGCCCCGAGGAAGACAGCAAAGAAGCCAGCGCCCUGGGAGUGGAGAACAUCGGGGGCAUCUUCAUUGUCCUGGCUGCAGGACUGGUCCUUUCUGUAUUUGUAGCCAUUGGAGAAUUUAUAUACAAAUCACGGAAGAACAAUGAUAUUGAGCAGAAAGGAAAGUCAUCAAGACUUAGAUUUUAUUUUAGGAACAAAGUAAGGUUUCAUGGGAGCAAAAAAGAAAGCCUUGGUGUAGAGAAGUGUCUCUCUUUCAAUGCCAUAAUGGAAGAGCUGGGAAUUUCACUCAAGAAUCAGAAAAAAUUAAAGAAAAAGUCAAGAACUAAGGGCAAAUCUUCCUUCACAAGUAUCCUUACUUGUCAUCAGAGACGAACUCAGAGGAAAGAGACUGUGGCGUGAUCCGAGAACACACCUGUAGGUACCGUCCAAGAAGAAGGCCAUGCCCACUCUACGUAUGUGGAAGAAGGAUUUCUGAGGAUUAAGAGAAGUGUGUCCACAUAUCUUUAUCCAUAACUCGAGUCAUGGAUAGAGGUAGAAGAAAUGCACAAUUUUUCAAGCUCACAUAGGUAUUAUUCAGAAGCAAAACUGAUUCUUUUCAGAUGAAUUUGUAUGCACACUUAUUUUGCAUUUUUCUCUUUUCCCCCAAUAUAUUGCUAUGUGUGCUUUCUAAAUAAUAAUAAACAA